AUGAGUAUCAAGAUUGAUAUCAACGUGUGCCGUGUGUGUUGCAAAUCAGAAGCGCCCCAUGCUAUACUGCAGUACGCUCAAAAGUUUCUUUACUGCACUGGGCUCGAGAUCGUCGAAAAUGAUGGACUUCCGGACAAAAUAUGCGCUACCUGUUUGGAACGUAUGAAAUCCGCAGCAGAUUUUAAGAAAAAGAGCGAACAUUCCGAUCGACAACUUCGGAAUUUUAUUGCUAAUGUCAAUAAUCAGUUUCACAUGACCCUGGUAAUCUCCGAAAAUGAUGACGAUGGGGAAGACGAAAUUGCCACCCUGCAGGUAACGGAAGUGAAAAAAGUUUCAAGCAUUGGUGAGGGAAACAUGGAAGUAUCCGUUCUCACUAGCCAGACAAAUAGUGCUCUUGGAACAAAAGGAGCACAGAUCGCUGGAGAUACUGGUGAACCAGAAAUUGAAGUGAUUCAAGAAGUUCAGGAGCCGACACAAGAACCGGAAACGGAACCACAUUUAGGGUUUGAGCUGCAACAAGAACAGCGAAAAGAAAAAUUCCGUGCAGUAGCAGUCAUUCAGGAAAAACCGUUGGUGGAACCAAAAAAAGAAUUGUUUGAAGUAGUUGAAGUAGACUACGACGAUGGUAUUCUGCCGCAGGGGAUGGAAUCAGAUGAGUUAGAACAAACUGAUGAUCAGAUGGAUGACACGGAAGAAACGGAACAAGUAAUUUAUAUUAGUAUUCCAGAUCAAUACUGUUCAGAGCCGAAAUUAGCUUCCGCAUCGGAUGAAACCGUCACCGACAAUCAAGAAGAAGAAAAUCCUGCAAAAUCCCCCGAGCUUGAGCAAAUUGAAGAGUUUAAAUAUGAAAUCAAGCAGCAAACCAACCAUCCGGGUAAAUUAUCUGCUACCAACAAAUCGGCUAUUAAUGGGCAGUUUGAAUGUACCCAAUGCGCUAAAUUCUUCUCCACUAAAACCAAUCUCAACCGGCAUCUGCAGGCUCAUGAUGGUAAUAAGCCGUACGUUUGCCAUCUUUGCCAGAAAGGCUUUACACAGAACGGUUCUCUAAAACAGCACCUGCUGAUUCACCAGAAUAUUCGUCCUUUCGUGUGCAACGUGUGCGGGCAGGGCUUCAGUCAGCAGAAAUCACUAACGUUUCACAUGCGACGUCACACCAACGAAAAACCGUUCGUGUGUCCACACUGUCAAUUCGCUUUCCGUCAGAAGGAUGGCCUCAAACGGCACGUGUUGGUCAAGCACACCGCACGAGACGCGAAAACGUUCAACUGCACUCAAUGCCCGAUGACGUUCGGCACUCGGUACGGAUUGGCUACGCACCGUAAACGGCACGAGAUUGCCAGUGCAGCUGCGGCCGAAGGAGUGCCGAUUGUUAUGAAAGAUUAG